AUGCCACCACAAGGCCCACCAGAUAGAUCGAAAUAUACUGUCGCAUGGAUAUCGGCGAUUCAAAAAGAACAUGUCGCCUGCUGCGCCGUGCUCGACAACGAAUACGAUGCCCCGGAAGACCUAGUUGACGAUGACAACUGUUAUUCCUUUGGCAAGAUUGGAGCCCAUAAUGUGGUCAUCGCUUGUCUGCCGGUAACAAGAAUGGGCGUUGCGCAGGCUGGCAUGACCGCAACCAAGUUGUUACACUCUUUUCCCAAUCUACGCUUUGGCGUGAUGGUUGGCAUAGCCGGCGGAGCUCCUACAAUCCGCAACGACAUCAGGCUCGGAGACGUUGUGGUUAGUGUGCCUAACAAUGAGAAGAGGUUCGGCGGCGUUGUUCAUUAUGGCUAUGGCGCAACAAUCCAAGGCCAAGGCUUUCAGCAAAGGGGGACUCUCAAUUCACCACCAGAACUGCUUCUGAACGCCGUUAAUAAGCUCAGGACUGUGCACAGCAGAAAGCCUUUCAACCUGGACUUGUCCAUCCAUCGACUGAUCGAAAAGAAGGGUCCCAUCUUGGAUGAAUACCGCAAGCCUCCCAGCACAACAGAUAUUCUCUACAAGUCCACGGCUGUCCACCCGCUGAAUCCCAGGUGCUGCACCGAACUAGUGCAGCCUAAUGUUGCCGAUAUAGUCACGAGGCCUCAGCGUCUUGCCGGACGCGAGCGUCUCGUCCACUAUGGAACCAUUGGAUCAGCCGACAAUCUCUUGCGCGAUGCUGUGGUCCGCGAUGAAAUUGCUGAUCGGGACGAUAUCCUAUGUUUCGAAAUGGAAUCUGCUGGACUGAUGAAUUGCGAUCUGAGGUUCAUAGUCGUACGCGGGAUCAGUGACUACUCAGACACCCAUAAGAACGAUAAAUGGCAACACUAUGCUGCCAUUUCCGCAGCUGUGUACACUAAGGAACUGUUAGGAGUUGUUCGAGCACAGCAGAGAUCGACCGAAUCUGCGACAGGGAUCAUCGAUAACCUCACUGCUCGAAAUCGAAGCCUCCUCGAUCGACUUCGAUUCGAAGAUAUGGACGAUAAAAGGCAAUAUGCAAUGCCGGAGCCUUCCUACGAUCACGAAUACAUCUGGCAAACUUCGUUUUCUACAUGGCUAGAAAAGCCUGACCCGCUCUAUUGGAUUAGUGGGAAGCCAGCUUCAGGGAAAUCAACUAUGAUGGCUUACCUGGCAACAAGCCGACGCACGAUAGAAAUGUUGGAAUCUGGAGGAAGAACAUUCAAAAUCCUCCACUUUUACUUCGACUAUCGAGCUGGCGAUGCUUUAGGCAACAAUAUGCUUGGUAUGUUCAGAAUUUUUCUUUAUCAAAUAGCUUCCAGCGACGACAAUGUUCGGCAUCGACUUGAGAGGAUCUCAAGUGAAGGAAGAUUAAAAUUGGACUCCCAAAGACACCUCUUUGAUGCAACGUCUGAAGCCUUCGACGAAUGUGGAAAACAGCUCUGCAUUUUCAUCGACGGCCUGGAUGAGUUUAAUGGUGACCUCUGUGAGCUACUUCAGACUUGUCGAUCCAUGGUCGAUCGCAUGUCUAUCAAGUUGUGCGUAGCAAGUCGACCUGACAGUCGAGUAGCUCAGAUACUAAACGUCCACGAGACAAUCACCAUACAAGAUUUUAACAAAGCAAGCAUGCGAUCAUACGUGGAUCGAAAGAUUCUGCAACGGAGCGAAACCGACCUGGACAUCAGCAAGAGGUUCUCUAAACAGAUGGUGGACGAUCUCGUGGCCAAAGCCCAAGGGGUAUUUCUGUGGUUCAAAUUCGUUGUCGACGAGAUCAUCAAGAAAUUUGACCAAGGCCGUUCGGAUAGCCAGAUUUAUACACUGAUCAGACGAAUGCCAGUUGGGAUGGACGCUGUUUACGGCCGUAUAUUAGGCAAAAUAUCUUCAUCCCAUCGUGCAGAGGCAGCCCUCAUCCUAUAUUUAACCUUCCAGCUUAGAUCUCUUUCGAAAUGGACUGAGCAAGGCGUGGCACCGGGUUUAGACUUUGCUACAACCAAUUUGGACCACCUCUGGGGUUCUUAUGACUUCAUCGUCGAGCAAAUGCGCGGGAGGUGCAACAUAUCGCAACUGGAAGACCACGAAGAGCUUCGUUCAAGAACGCAGGAUUUAUUACGAGGUCUGAUCGAGUUUGCGCCAUCCACCACAACCGAUGCCCAGCAAGUAGCUCUAUGCGGCAUCACGGGUAUCAGCGUUCGGCCUGUCCACGAGACAUUCUGUGUAUACAUGAAUGAUACUGGCUGGAUUGAGCAGCAUUUGCCGCCACUGCUACACCAUUACUUCCCAGAACCAUUUUGGCUCGGGUUUUGCUCCAAAGUCAUCGAGGAGGCGACAGGAGAUCAAGUCGUCAAACCACAAGUUUUGGAUAAAUGCAUUCAAGACUGGGUGGCGAUCUUACCACCUGUCAAUAACAUAACACCAAAGGAGCUACUGAAGUGGGCGUAUCUCAAUUUGAAACAGUUCAAGAAACGCGACCUAACAGUCUUCAAUGUCCACAACGAAUUCUGUCCAUUGCGUGCAUCGUGGGUCUCUGAUGUGAGAACUGGGCGUAUGUUCCAAAAGGUCGUGAAGUUCUUUUCCGCUAAUGCACCAGACGUUGCAUUCCCUGCUAUAUGGAAAUCACGACACGUUGUCCUAAGGACUUCGUUCUUUCUGCUCAUGGACCUAGCGCUAGUGUCUGAAACUCCAGAAUGGUCCUCUUUCCCCGUCAUCGCAGAGGCAAUGCAGUCUUACCUCAAUCCAAUUCUGUGCUAUUCAUGGUGGACUUCUGGCAGACCUGUCGAUAUGUGCCUCUUAGGUGCACUGUUCCAAAGCCCGGAAUUAAUGGAUAUCGUUGAUCUUUUCUUAGCAGUGUGUGGAAACCUUACACGCUAUUUCCGCGAUCGCAUCACCGGGUUAACACUGUCCGAUCUCCAACAGGAAUUCUUGUAUCAGGCUAUAUUGUGUCAACCUAGCGAAUAUCACGAUCCCUCUAUAACCGUGUUUGAGGAGUUCGUAUCGGCCAUGACUUCGAACGUUCGGCCCAUCCACAAAACCGAUCUGUGCUUCUUUCUCAAGAACAUCAAGUGUUGGCAAAUAGCAGCUGAAUUUGCGGACGUAAUGUUGAAGUACAUCUCCCCAGAUCCAACCGAAGAGACGGCAUUGAAUCAUAGCUGUCGAUAUUUGAACAGAGAAACUGGCCUCCUGUUUCAUUGGGCAUCGGCAACUUGCACCUUAGGAUGUGCCUGUGGUGGUGGUUUGGCGACGCACUCGUACGACUUCGACGUAGUGCUCGAACUUCUGGUUGCCUUUGGUGAAGACGUCAAUCAACCGUGUUACGCCGGUGGUACAGCCCUCAAUGUAAUCCUAGACCACUCAAUCCAGCCGCCCACAGGCCAUGGUGCCAUGAAUCGGGGCGUCAAAUUUCUAGCUCUGGUCGAUAAUGGUUGGGAUACUAAGAGCACCCCUGUGAGAGGGACUUGGAUACAACUCGCCCAGACUUUCCAGCAGAAGCUUCCGCCAGAGGCUAAAUUGCAACGUAAAGUACGUUCGUCCUCCAAAGCUAAAUACUGGUUUAUGAAUGCGGAUGCAGAUGAUGUCCAAGCUAUCAUCCAAGAUUUGCGACAUCAUGAAUUGCAUGGAACUUGGCUAGAGUAUCCAGACAGCGGGGAUGAUUUGUGGGAGAAAGCCAAUGGGCUCGAUGGAGAUGACACCGAUGAUGAGAAUGAAGGAUACCUUAUAGAUGAAGCAGAAGCGGGCUGGCCUACAGCAGACGACAACUCGUCUAACAUUGAGCCUAUGGAUCAAGCUGCGACUGACGAUGAGACUUGGAGCGACAAUGCUGAAGAUCAGGUUUUGAAAGAUGACAGGUCAACCAAAGAGCAAUUCCACAAAUCUAUGCCAGAGAGCCCUAGCGGUAAUGGAAUUUGGAAUGAUGCCUUAAACGAAAAAGCCAUAAUGAGAAAGCAAGGGCCUACUCUGUUUCAAGUUGCACAAGUCGGAACUAUUGAAGGUACAGCAUCUUUCGUACCCAGCAUUGAUCGCCCUUCAUCAUCCAGCGAAAGGGCAUCACCAACGCAAGAAGCUUUUCAAUCUGACCCGCAGUCUUUUCUCGAUGCAGCCUUGAAUGUAACAUGGCAACCACCUUCACUGCAUCUGGUAUUUGAGGCAGUAUCGCGCGAUGAGGUUACGGACUUCGCUCCAGAGAAGCGUGACAUUGCAGAAAGCGUGGGCAAGAUGGAGAAUCCGUCUGUCAAGCCGAUCCAAGCUCGAAUGAUACGACGUAAGCCUGUACCCACAAGGUCAGACUCCCCCAUAAUGGGUACCACUUCUCAGCAUAUGCAUGCAGAGGCCAGUCAUUCAGACAAAGGCUCCUCCUCGAAUGUGGACACACCUCUGCCAACAAAGUCAUUCGAGGACUCGAUCAGUGAAAGCAGUUUUGGUAGCAUUAAGACCUCGGAAUACAGCAACGAGACUACCCGAUCGUACCUAAAAGACGACCCUACGCUCUUCGACGAUACACCGCCCGAUCUUACUCGUCACGUUUCUGUGGACCCGACACAAUCUCAAUCCCGCACUCCGAACCUGUCUCCGCUCCAGCGAACCCGCUCCCAAAAUCAGAGCGCCUUUGUUCUUCAGGCCGAAGCACGGUUCCGAAACAGUUUCUCACCACAGAAAUCCCCAGUCAUAGGCAGUCCAGCAAGCCUACCUCAGUCUCCGUCUUCGCCACUAUACUCAUCACACUCUCGGGCCGCAAGUAUUCCUGCAUAUAUCAUUCCGGAUAGCCGCCACACAGCUAGCCACGCCAGCCUGCCUAGCCCGCGCAUACGGUCCAGGCCUCCAGUUCCGCGAACUAAACCGUUAUUUGAGACUGAUACUUGA